UCAAGUGGAAAAUCACUGCCAAGUAGGCAAGCAGCAUGAAUGAAUAUAAUAGUGCGAAUAAAUGAAGAAGAAUGAGAAGGCAAGUGGAAGAGAGUUGCAUAUAAUUCUGGCGAUAUGGUUUCACAUAAGUCAUUUGCAUUGGUAACGCAGCCAAGCGCAUUGUUGUUAAUACUUUUAGAAUUCUGUGGGAGUGGAAGAUUGUCGUCAGCGUGCAUCGAACCAGAAAGGAUUGGGCUGAUUAAGCUCAAAGCCGCCUUCAAUCUCCCUAAUGGGUCCACAUUUCCGUGGUGGCGUGACGAUCAAGGUGAUUGUUGCAGAUGGGAAGGUGUUUGGUGCAACAACAUCAGCAUGCGGGUGACUAUGCUCCUGCUCAAUGAUACACGAGAUUCUCGGCUAGGCCCGUGGUCUCUUAAUGCCUCCUUAUUCCUCCCUUUCGAGGAACUUGAAGCACUUGACUUGGGCUUCAAUCAGCUGACAGGUCUCUCUCUCUCCCUCUCUCUCUCCCUUUCGUUGUUUCUCUGCACGCUUGAACUAGUUUGUGUCUCUGUUUUUGUUUUUGGCCAAGACCACUCGAGCAAGUUUGUGUGUUAUGUUUUCAAGUAUACUUCUACUAGAAAAUAUAGUAUAUCAAUUGCUACUGCAGAUUGCCGUGGAGUUUCUUCUUUUCUUUACUUUCUUCCACUGGCAGCUUUUACGGAGACUUUGAGAUUGAAGAGAUUGCAAGUGUUAGAUUUGCGUACAAAUGAACUAACAGAGGUCCCCUCCUUGCAUGAGUUACCAUCCUUGAAUGCACUGUACUUACAAUUCAAUUAUCGCCUGAAGAACCUCUCCCGUCUUGAAGGACUGAAGCUGGAGGCGGUAGACGUCUCGUUCAAUCAUUUGGCUGGAGAUAGUCUUUCUGCAAUUUGGAGCAUGACAUCCCUUAAAGCCUUGUCGAUAGCUGGCAAUCAAUUGGGAGACUCAAUAUUUCAAGGCUUGUGUCAGUUGAAGGGUCUUGAAGAGUUGGAUGCUUCCUAUAAUGAGUUUGUAAGCAGCAUUCCACCAUGCAUUCAGAACAUGACCUCACUCUAUGCCCUCGAUCUUCAUCGUAACCAUUUUGGAGGGAACAUCCCUUCCUCCCUCUUCACUAAUCUCAAGUCACUGCAAUAUCUCUCUCUUUCCGGGAAUGCUUUUGAAGGAUCGUUUUCUCUCGCUGCAUUAACCAACAACUCUAGGCUUGAAGUAUUUGACCUUGCCAACAAUUACCAUCGUUUGAAUAUCACAACAGAGGAUCCUCUCUAUGCUCCUUCAGCUCAGUUGAAGAUCUUGCGUUUAUCUGACUGUGCACUCAAUGAACCUCGUGGUGUAUUCCCUACCUUUCUACGGGACCAACACGAGCUAAGACUUCUUGAUCUCAGCCAUAACAACAUGAGCGGAGCUUUUCCAUCUUGGUUAUUAGAGAACAACACAAAACUAGAGGCCUUAAAGCUUUCAAAUAAUGCCUUCUCCGGAAGUUUUAGUUUCAACUCCUCCACCACAAGCAAUGUUGACAUACAGUUGAUUGAUGUGUCGUCAAACUUUAUAGAUGGAGAACUUCCCGUUUCUAUCGGUUCCUCCUUUCCAAAUUCAGCUUUCAUCAACAUGUCCAGGAAUCUUAUUCAUGGGGGAAUCCCUUCUUCUCUGGGUGACAUGAGGUUGUUGUCUUUGCUAGACUUGUCAAAUAAUGAUUUCAUCGGAGAGCUGCCGGAGUCAUUACUCUGCAAGUGUCAACGUCUCGAGGUUCUCAAGUUGUCGAAGAAUAAUUUGCGUGGUGAAGUACUUCCAAGAAUGGCCAACUUGACAAAGUUACGUACUCUGUCUUUGGAGAACAACCAAUUCUCCGGAGUGAUUUCUCCCGGGUUGCUUAACAGCCCCGGCUUACAUAUUCUGGACGUAAGCAGCAACUUUCUGUCAGGGACAGUUCCUAGUUGGAUCGGAGACUUUGAAAGCUUGGAGAAUCUUAUGUUGACAGACAAUUCCCUGGAAGGUCCUUUGCCUUUGAGCUUUUGCAAAUUAAAUCUUAAGCUCUUUUGCAUUGCAGCUAAUGGUUUUGGUCCCACGAUACCGACAUGUGCAAAUGUUUCAAGGUUAUUACAUUUAAGCUUGGGGAGCAAUCACCUUACAGGACCUUUUCCGCAGUUUCUAAGUGAUGCUUCAUCAAUAGUGACAUUGGAUCUCAGAAACAACGGAUAUUCAGGAAAAAUCCCAACGUGGAUUGGUUCAUUUCCAAACCUUCAGGCUCUUUUACUGAAAGGAAACAACUUCGAAGGUCUGAUCCCUCGCGAGUUGUGCCAGUUAAAGAAUAUGAGCAUCAUGGAUCUAUCAAAUAAUAGUCUCUCAGGACCCAUUCCGUCUUGUUUGAAUAAUAUGGAUUUCGGAAACCUGAGAGUGCUUGGAGCAUUUCGUACGCUCUCUAUUUCGACAGCAUCUGCCUAUAUGAUCUAUAAGUUCAAUUCUAAAGUUUCCUUCUUCGUUGAAAAUGCUGUAGAAACUGCUUACACGGAUGAUCAAUUAGUAGAAGUGAAGUUCAUCUCCAAGAGCAGGUUAGAAUCUUACAGGGGAAACAUUCUGGAGUACAUGUCUGGGCUAGAUCUCUCGUGCAACAAUUUGACCGGUUCUAUUCCACAAGAAAUUGGGUACAUGAUCAAUCUUCUCAUAUUGAAUCUUUCAAAUAAUCAUCUCAUGGGCCCUAUUCCAAGCACAUUCUCUGGAUUGAAGCAAAUAGAGAGUUUGGACCUUUCAUACAACAGGUUGACUGGCAAAAUACCACCGCAGUUGACAGAGCUCUCCUUCUUAUCAAUCUUCACAGUGGCUCACAAUAACCUAUCGGGGCAAACACCUGAAAGGAAAAACCAAUUCGCCACGUUUGAUGAAAGGAGCUACGAAGGUAACAUCUUCCUCUGUGGGCCGCCAUUAGAGAGUUGCAACACUUCAGGGCAGUCUCCGCUGACACCACCAAUUCCGGAUCAAAAGGAAGACUACGCCUUCAGAGAUGCCUUCACUUGGAGCUUUGCGGGAUCAUAUGUCAUCGCAUUCCUUGGAACUGUGGCGUUUCUCUUCAUGUUAAACUUUUUUCGAUAGGCACACCCCCUGUUCUAAUUGAUAGGCGGAUUAUAUAUUAUGGAUAGCUUGGAUUUUACCAUUGUAUAAUAGGAAUAUUGUAAUAUAAUUGGUAGUCAUAGAUACUAGUCAUAUAGCAUUAAUUAGUUUCCUUCUCUUGUAAGACCAUACAGUCUAUUUAGACCUGACUGUUUUUUCAAUAAAGCAUCUACGCUCCUGGACCGAUUAAAGUUUUCCGA